UUCGACAUGGUUCUCUUUCGAAGGUUAAAGGUUAAAAGCUCCGACACUGCUGUUUCUUACAACAUGGAGAAAUACAUUGGGGAUGCGGCAUGUGAUUCACAGUAAUGCAAGAACAGCAAUAGAAUGACUGUCUGAAUAUAAAAGUAGUAGUGGCAUUUAUGUGUUUUUUUUUUUUAAAACAGCGUGCUUGACAAAACACUAAUCAUGGUGAAGGAACAAUUUAGAGAAACAGAUGUGGCUAAGAAAAUAAGCCACAUCUGUUUUGGAAUGAAGUCUGCUGAGCAGAUGCGGCAGCAGGCGCACCUCCAGGUUGUCAGUAAGAACCUGUACAGUCAGGACCUCAGCCACACUCCUUUGCCCUAUGGCGUGCUGGAUCAUCGCAUGGGUACAAGUGAAAAGGAUCGUCCAUGUGAGACCUGUGGAAAGAAUCUUUCAGACUGCCUCGGACACUAUGGAUACAUUGAUCUAGAGCUCCCUUGUUUCCACAUUGGAUACUUUAAAGCUAUUAUAGGUGUCUUGCAGAUGAUUUGCAAAACAUGCUCCCACAUAAUGCUUUCUAAGGAGGAAAGAAAACAGUUCUGGGAUUUUUUGAAGAAACCAGGGCUGACCUAUCUGCAAAAACGGGGUUUAAAAAAGAAAAUCUCAGACAAAUGCAGGAAAAAAACCAUCUGUUUUAAUUGCGGAGCUUUUAAUGGUCCAGUCAAAAAGUGUGGCUUGUUGAAGAUAAUCCAUGAAAAGUACAAGACGAACAAGAAAGUGGUUGAUACAGUUGUGACUGAUUUUCUUCAGUCAUUUGAUAUAGCAAUAGAGCACAACAAAGAAGUGGAAUCGUUGCUGGGGAGAGCUCAGGAAAACCUUAAUCCAUUGGUGGCACUGAACAUGUUUAGAAGGAUUCCCUCUGAAGAUGUUCCUUUGCUUUUGAUGAACUUGGAGUCAGGGAAGCCUGCAGAUCUAAUUCUGACACGACUGCUGGUCCCACCUUUGUGCAUCAGGCCAUCCGUGGUCAGUGAUCUUAAGUCCGGAACCAAUGAGGAUGACCUAACUAUGAAACUGACUGAAAUCAUCUUUCUCAAUGAUGUCAUCAAAAAGCACCGAAUGUCUGGAGCAAAAACUCAAAUGAUAAUGGAGGAUUGGGACUUUCUGCAGUUGCAAUGUGCACUCUACAUCAACAGUGAGCUAUCAGGAAUCCCACUCAAUAUGGCUCCCAAGAAAUGGACCAGAGGCUUUGUGCAGAGGCUAAAGGGAAAACAAGGACGGUUCAGAGGAAACCUGUCUGGAAAAAGAGUUGAUUUCUCUGGCAGAACAGUUAUCUCUCCAGAUCCAAAUCUGCGAAUCGAUGAAGUAGCUGUGCCCAUCCAUGUGGCCAAGAUACUGACCUACCCUGAAAAGGUGAAUAAAGCAAACAUAGACUUUAUGCGAAAACUUGUUCGAAGUGGACCUGAGGUCCAUCCUGGAGCAAACUUUAUUGAGCAAAGACAUACAAACAUGAAAAGAUUUCUGAAGUAUGGCAACCGUGAGAAGAUGGCCCAGGAACUGAAGUUUGGGGACACUGUGGAGAGGCAUAUGAUAGAUGGGGAUAUUGUGCUAUUCAACAGACAGCCGUCUCUGCACAAGCUCAGCAUUAUGGCUCACAUUGCCAAAGUAAAACCACACAGAACAUUCCGAUUUAAUGAAUGUGUCUGCACACCGUAUAAUGCUGAUUUUGAUGGUGAUGAAAUGAACCUUCAUCUGCCUCAGACAGAGGAGGCCAAAGCCGAGGCUCUUGUUCUCAUGGGGACAAAAGCCAACAUGGUAACUCCAAGAAACGGAGAACCACUAAUUGCUGCUAUCCAGGACUUUCUGACAGGUGCCUAUCUCCUUACACUGAAAGACACUUUCUUUGACCGAUCAAAGGUUUGUCAGAUCGUUGCGUCCAUUCUUGUAGGGAAAGAUGAAAAGAUAAAGGUUCACCUUCCACCUCCUGCAAUCUUAAAGCCCAUAACUCUUUGGACUGGUAAACAGAUCUUUGGCCUGAUUCUAAAACCCAGUAAGACAUGUCCUGUGAAAGCCAACCUUCGCACUAAAGGCAAGCAGUAUUGUGGCAGUGGGGAGGACCUCUGUCGAAAUGACUCUUUUGUUGUGAUUCAGAACAGCGAGCUGGUGUGUGGCAGCAUGGACAAGGGAACCCUGGGUUCUGGGUCCAAGAAUAACAUCUUCUACAUCCUGCUGAGAGACUGGGGCCAAAUGGAGGCUGCAAACGCCAUGUCCCGCCUGGCCAGACUUGCUCCAGUUUAUCUGUCAAACCGUGGCUUUUCGAUUGGGAUUGGUGAUGUGACCCCUGGCCAGGGGCUGCUGAAAGCCAAACAUGACCUGCUGGAAGCCGGAUAUAAGAAAUGUAAUGAGUACAUUGAGGCUCUCAACACUGGCAAAUUGCAACAACAGCCAGGGUGUACAGCGGAAGAAACACUGGAGGCACUUAUUCUGAAGGAGCUGUCUGUAAUCAGAGACCAUGCUGGCAGCGCCUGUCUUAGGGAACUGGACAAGAGUAACAGCCCGUUGAUCAUGGCACUGUGUGGUUCAAAAGGGUCAUUCAUUAACAUCUCACAGAUGAUUGCCUGUGUAGGACAGCAAGCCAUCAGUGGGUCUCGAGUCCCUGAUGGCUUUGAGAACAGAUCCUUGCCACAUUUUGAAAAGCACUCAAAGCUCCCAGCAGCAAAAGGCUUUGUUGCAGACAGUUUCUAUUCCGGUUUGACUCCCACUGAGUUCUUUUUCCACACUAUGGCUGGUCGUGAAGGUCUGGUGGACACUGCUGUCAAAACAGCUGAAACAGGAUAUAUGCAGAGGCGACUUGUGAAGUCACUUGAAGACCUAUGCUCUCAAUAUGACCUCACAGUCCGGAGCGCCACUGGUGACAUCAUACAGUUUAUCUAUGGAGGUGAUGGAUUAGAUCCUGCAGCGAUGGAAGGGAAAGAUGAGCCUUUGGAAUUCAAGAGAGUCCUGGAUAAUAUCAGAGCUGUUUAUUCCUGCCACGAUCAACCAGCCCUCAGCAAGAAUGAACUGGUUUUGACUUCAGAAUCUAUCAUGAAGAGGAGUGAAUUCCUGUGCUGCCAAGAUAGCUACCUGCAGGAAAUAAAAAAAUUCAUCAAGAGUGUUUCAGAAAAGAUCAAGAAGACCAGAGACAAAUACGGCAUAAAUGACAAUGGAACAACGGAGCCAAAAGUUCUGUAUCAGCUGGACAGAAUCACACCAACCCAACUGGAGAAGUUCUUGGACACUUGCAGAGACAAGUACAUGAGAGCCCAGAUGGAGCCUGGGUCUGCUGUUGGUGCUUUGUGUGCACAGAGUAUUGGAGAACCUGGCACGCAAAUGACCCUAAAGACCUUCCACUUUGCCGGUGUAGCUUCUAUGAACAUCACUCUUGGUGUACCCAGAAUCAAGGAAAUCAUUAAUGCAUCCAAAAAUAUCAGUACCCCAAUUAUCACAGCACACCUGGAUAUGGAUGAUGAUGCUGACUUUGCUCGCCUUGUAAAAGGAAGAAUUGAGAAAACCCUUCUAGGAGAGAUUUCAGAAUACAUUGAAGAAGUCUUCCUCCCAGAUGACUGUUUUAUUCUGGUGAAAUUAUCUUUGGAAAGAAUAAGACUUUUGAGGUUGGAGGUUAAUGCAGAAACUGUCAGAUACUCUAUCUGCAUGUCAAAGCUACGGGUAAAGCCUGGAGACAUUGCAGUCCACGGAGAGGCAGUUGUCUGUGUCUCACCUCGGGAGAACAGCAAGAGUUCCAUGUAUUAUGUUUUGCAGACCUUGAAAGAACUACUACCAAAGAUUGUGGUGCAAGGUAUUCCAGAAGUUUCAAGGGCAGUCAUUCACAUUGAUGAAAAAAGUGGAAAGGAGAAGUAUAAGCUUUUGGUAGAGGGAGAUAACCUCCGAAGUGUCAUGGCAACUCAUGGAGUCAAUGGAUCAAGAACGACUUCCAACAAUACAUUUGAGGUGGAGAAAACUCUGGGUAUUGAAGCUGCUAGGUCAACUAUCAUCAAUGAGAUUCAGUACACAAUGGUAAACCAUGGAAUGAGUAUCGAUAGAAGACAUGUUAUGCUGCUUGCAGACCUCAUGUCCUAUAAGGGUGAAAUCUUAGGAAUCACAAGAUUUGGUCUGGCAAAAAUGAAGGAGAGUGUUUUGAUGCUGGCUUCUUUUGAGAAAACUGCUGAUCAUCUGUUUGAUGCUGCAUACUUUGGACAAAAGGACUCAGUUUGUGGUGUUUCAGAGUGCAUUAUAAUGGGGAUCCCAAUGAACAUUGGAACAGGCCUUUUCAAACUUUUACACAAAACUGACAAGGAUCCAAACCCUCCAAAGAGACCUCUGCUUUUUGAUAACAGUGAUUUCCACAUCCCUAUCACCAUGUAGCGGUACCCGAAAAGACAAUCAUGAAUUAUUGUGUUUGUUUGUUUUAUUUAGCUUAUUAAUUGACUAAAGCAGGUAGAAUGAGUCAUAUCUAUAAGACUCAAAAAACAAAUGGAUGGUUGAAAGAAUUACUUUUUUUUUUUUUUGGCCAAUUUCAUGUUAUUGGAAGGAUGGCAGAAAUCCAUAUCCUUAUGUACAUGGAUCAUAUGUACAUAAGGGGGGGGGGAGGAAUAAAUGUGUUGUAUAAAGUUAUUUUUUAUAAU